UGGUUCUAGUUAUCAGUUGACUACAGCAUUUCAAGUCGCACAGACCGAAACAAAGUGGGAAGUCAAGAGCUAACCAACGAUAAAAAUUUUUUAACUUAAAUUUGAACUCAAAAAAAUAAUAUAUUAAAAAUGGCCUUUUUCAAAUCUCUCGUCUGCUUGGCUGUGUUGAGCGUUGCCUCAGCUGGCAUUUUGCAUCACGGUGGACAUGGCGCUGGUCUCUAUGCUGCUGGACCGUUAGUUGCUGCUCAUGGUCCCGCUCAUCACGAUGAGGGUCUGGACUAUUAUGCCUAUCCCAAAUACCACUACAACUACGGUGUUGCCGACUCACACACCGGCGAUGUCAAGUCCCAGCAUGAAGUGCGCGACGGUGAUGUAGUGAAGGGAUCAUACUCGCUCGUCGAACCCGAUGGUUCAGUGCGCACUGUCGAGUACACCGCCGAUGACCAUAACGGUUUCAACGCAGUUGUAUCGAAGAGUGCUCCAACCAUCCACCACGCCGCUCCAGUUGCCCUUGCGCAUGCCGCCCCAGUUCUCGCCCACGCUCCAGCUGUAGCGCACCACCUUGCCGCCGCCCCCGCUGUGCCAUUGGCCGCCGUCGCGCAUCACGCUCCCGCCGCCUACGGCUACGCUACACACGACGCACAUGCUCAUGUCGCCCACUAUUAAGAAGAGGACAGAAAAACACCCAGCUGCGAUCUACAAAUAGGAAAAACAAAAUGGACCUGAUCCCACUCACCCCAAAAAGAAAACAGCGAAGCAUUAGAAUUUAUUUAUUAACGAAUACCUAAUAUAAAUAUUAUAAUACAUACCUACAUAUGUACAUAUGAAUCAAAGUAAUCCCAAGCUACGACGACGACCUAUGAUUUGAAGGCAAUGGCAACGAGUUGGAACGAAAGUAAGGAGAUCGGUUUGCAGUAAAGAAUGAAGAGAGAGCGCUGUGAAGGAAAUACCUAAAAGGCAUGGAGCUUCAAGUAGCCAUAAGGAAGCUCAAAGUUUUUGUGCACGUGUGUGCAAAUAGUAGUUCUUUAUACAUUCUUUAACACACUAUCCAUUUCCUUCACUCACUCUCACUUUCUUAAUUACUUUUCUGCUCUUCAAAUCAUUACUCUCCCCCUCUCUAUCACUCAAGGUAUUUGAUAAUACUCUCCAAUAUAAAAUACACUGCCAUUCAUACUCUCCUCUCAUUUUUGUAAAUAUUUACUUAGAUCUCUUCAUGUCCCAAAAUAUAUAUCACUCCUAUCUUCAUCCUCACUUCGCCUUCUCUUGAGCGGAAAUAUGAAAGCGUCGGCAAAACUACAUAUAUACUGGUCACUCCCUCACAGUUAGAGUUAUGAAUACUUCCAUCCACUCAGUUAAACCCUCAGUCAGUCACUCACGCACUUACUUGCCUACUCACUCACUAGUUUUACAGUCUCACUAAUACUCAAAGAACACUCCUGCAUUUGCUAUGCGACAUUAUUUUCUGUAUACUCGUGAAAGGAAAAGGAUAAUAAUAAUAUUGUAUAGGAAUGUACCUUAAAUGCAAAUGAAAGAGAAAAUGUCCCAGCGGUAGAAGCAGAGAAGAAGGGAAAAAGAAGUGGAAAACUACUUAGAAAUGAAGUCCGUUAAAGAAUAUCAAAUUUACAUUUACAUACAAAGGAAAUGCCUGUAAACUAUGGAAAUCGCAUACAUACAUACUUACUCAAAUGUAUGUAUCGUAUUUCGUAAUAGCCAACAAAUAUAAGAAAUUGUAUAUGAUAAUUUUUUUAUAUUUGCGUUAAAUAUUAAGUGAAUACAUGUGAAAAAUGCUAUAAAUAAAAAAUGUAGUGAAUUAAAAACAAAA